GAAAACAGUGACGAACAUCCGAGUCCACGAGAAGAAGAGAAGAAGAAGAAGAGGGAAAGCACAUAAACAUGAGAAGUGAAACAGCCGUUCAUUAUUCUCUAAAUUAGCUGUUUUUAGCACAUUCUGAAGAAAAAGCAACCAGGAGGAUUUACUGCAGGAGAAACAACUGACAUACUGUAGUGAAGAUGGAGGUUGAGGAUGAACCCUGCAGAAUAAAAGAGGAAGAGACAGAGGAACUGAUAGAUCGGACGGAAGCGAAUGACGACAAACAGCAUUCGUCUAAAUGUCCUCAAAGUGAACAUUACACACCGAAACAAGACCACGAAAAUAGUGGAAGCAGCGUAUCGUUCAUCUGCUCCGAGUGUGGACGGAGUUACAAGCGUAAAUCGACACUUAAUGACCACAUGAAGAUGCACACGCAAGAAAAACAGUUCACCUGCUCCGAGUGUGGGAAGAGUUACAAAUAUAAAAACAGCCUUGCCAGACACGAGAAGUUCCACACCGGAGAAAAGCCAUUCGCGUGCACCGAAUGUGGAAAGAGCUUCGCAGACAAACACCGGCUAGAUUCCCACAUGAUGAUUCACCCUGGCGAAAAGCCAUUCAACUGUGUUCAGUGCGGCAAGGGUUUUAAAAGUAAAGAGCAUUUGGACGUUCACACGAUGGUUCACACUGGAGAAAAACCCUUCAGCUGCUCUGAGUGUGGAAAGAGAUUCAGGAUCCGGAAAAACCUCAAGGAUCAUCAGCGUUUUCACACUGGAGUGAAUCUCUUCAGCUGCGAUCACUGCGAUAAAACGUUUGUCUUUGAAUCUCAGUUAAAGCAACACCUGAAAGUUCACACCGGAGCCAAGCCACAUGUCUGCUCCUUUUGUGGAAAGGGCUUUUCCCGACUGGAGAACUUAAGGAUCCACAACAGCGUUCACACUGGAAUGAGACCUCACGUGUGUUUCGACUGCGGGAAGAGCUUUAGCACGUCGAGCCACUUGAAAACGCACCAGAUGAUUCACACCGGGGAGAAACCGUUUGCGUGCACUCAGUGUGGGAAGCGUUUCAUUUAUAACAGCGUCCUCAAAGAUCAUCUGGCCACUCACACCGGAGUGAAGUCCUUCAGCUGUGAUCAGUGCGACAAAACAUUCGUCUGCGCGUCGUAUUUGAGAGCGCACCGCAAAGUUCACAUCCCCGUGAAGCCUCACGUCUGCUCUUUCUGCGGAAAGAGGUUUCUACGACUGGACACUUUGGAGAUUCACAUGAGCGUUCACACCGGAGUGAGACCUCAUGUGUGUUCGGACUGCGGGAAGAGCUUCAGUACGUCAUAUAACCUGAAGACGCACCAGAGGACUCACACCGGGGAGAAACCGUACAGCUGUUCGCACUGUGGGAAGAGCUUCGCUUUUUUAGGAGACCUGAAAUCUCAUAAGAAAUCUCAUAGUCGGUGCUCUUCAAAUUAAAGGAUCGUGGGCUACAUUUUCUAAAA